AUGCAACGUGUCGCGGAUCUGCCACGGUUCGUAGGAGCAGGCUCCAACGUCACUGUGGCAGUCGGCAGAGAUGCAGCGCUCACCUGUAGAGUUGAUAAUUUACAAUCAUUUAAGGUGGCGUGGCUCCGAGUAGACACGCAGACUAUUCUUACAAUAGCUGCUCACGUCAUCACCAAGAACCACCGCGUCAGCGUCAGCCACGGAGACGGAGCCUGGACCCUCACUCUCAAAGAGAUCGGUCCAUCUGACGGCGGCAGAUACAUGUGUCAGGUCAACACAGAGCCAAUGAUGAGCCAGACACAUCAACUUCAGGUUGUAGUUCCACCUGACAUCGAUGAUGACGCGAGUAGUAGUGAAGUGCUAGUCAAAGAAGGAGAUAACGCAGCACUGAGGUGUGUCGCCUCGGGCACUCCGCCGCCCAACAUAGCUUGGAGGAGAGAAGACUCCAGGCACUUUAAGAUCAACAACCAAACCCUAGUAUCCAAGUGGACGGGCCAAUGGUUGAAUUUGACAGGCGUCGAACGCGUGCUGUCAGGCGCCUACCUGUGCAUCGCCACGAAUGGAGUACCUCCUUCAGUCAGCAAGAGAAUCCUGAUUAAUGUGAUAUUUGCACCGUCAGUGUGGGCAGGGAGGGUCGCGAUACGAGCUCCAUCUGGUGGCUCUGUCACUCUCCAAUGCACUGCUGAAGCGUAUCCAGUUCCUCAAGUCCACUGGACCUUGAACGGAGAACAGCGGCUUGUAAAUGGUACAAAACACAGAUUGAGUAUGACCACAAGAGGGUACCGCCACACUGUGAGUCUGAUGGUGAUGGAGAUGUCCAGAGAAGACGCGGGAGCAUAUCGGUGCCAUGUGGAGAACAACCAGGGCAGGGCACAAGCUGAGCUAUUUUUGCAUUUGUUAACGACAACAACGACCACGACUACGACAACUACGACAACUACAACAACAACUACUACUACCACGUUACCACCGCCGACAACAACGCUGUUACCAUAUGACACUGAAAGACAUUUGGAGCAGCUGCAUCGCGGAGUGCUGGAAGAUCCAGGUCUCGACAACCCGUAUAUUGUUCUGAGCCAACACCAAAUGCAGAACCUUGAAAUGGUGACGACGAUGUGACCUCCGGCGGGGGCGCGCGGCCAGUGGCGCGACGGCUGGCCGCCGCUGCACGACCGUGCGAGCCCCAGCGCUGCGAGCUGGACCUGCCUCGUCCUUGCCUUCGCGAUAGUGCUCCAAGCGUGACAUUGAACAAACCAGUGAUAAACCAAAGGUUGUUAAAACGGCUUUCAUCAUACAAGAUAUCGUUUGUGACGUAACGUUACCCACCGUCUAGUAUCCACGAAACUAUGACUUUGUAAAUUGUAAU